UGCAUGACACCGUCACAAUUUCCUUGAGAUCGAAAGUACCAUAUUGCCGGACAUGAAGACAAAUUGGAACAGCGGCAUGGACUAUGGCUUUUCAGUGGUAAGAAAGAUGAUGUGGAUAGUCGGUGUAUGGCCUUUGCAGCAGAACGAUAUGCUUUGCACACUUCGCUGGUUUAUCAUAUUUAUUGUUGAGGUCGUAACUAUUGGUAAUGAUACUGUAACUUUAUGGAAUUUCCUUCUUCCGUCAACAUGCCUAUUCCGAGGGAUUUCAUAUUCUACAUACAAAGCAGUUUUCCUCCUGCAAAUACCUAUCGGGUUUAUACUCUACGUAGCAGAAUGCGCACACGACAGCUUCUUUUUUGCUAUUACCAUGCACCUCUGCGGUCAGCUAGAGCUCCUGAGGAUUCGCUUUGUUGAACUCGUUGGUAGAAAAGCUAACGAGAAGAAUAAUUAUCGCAGCAUAUUGAGUUCUUGGAUCAGAAGGCAUUAUAAACUAAUAAUACUGGCUAAAAAUAUUGAAGACUCCUUUAAUCUCAAUAUUUUAAUUCGUUUGUUAAUAACUACCAUUGUGAUUGCGAUUUCAGGAAUGCGUAUCAUUGUGUCCAUUAAGCAUCAGAAUUAUACUGAUAUAGUAAAGAGUAUGAUCUUUGUUCAGUUCUUUAUGGUACAAUCCUUCUUGUUCACGCAUGCCGGUGAAACUUUGCAGAAACAAAGCGAAUCAAUCGUUUCGGCAAUAUAUAGCACAUCGUGGCACGAAUUGCCGCCUAUUAUAGUGAAGGAUUUGAUAUUUAUUAUGAUGAGGACGAAGACCCCUCUUCAACUCACUGCUGGAAAAUUUUUUUAUAUUACUCGAAGCACUACAACAGAUAUUUUGAAAACUUCCUUGACAUACAUAUCGUUUUUACGAGUGACAAUGGAAGAAUAAUCUAAUUUUUGUAUGGAAUUGUUUGUUUAUUAUGCCAUAUCACAUGUAGAUAAUAGCGUGUAGAUAAAUGAAACAGAAUAUAUUUAUAUAUUUUAGUGUAUUGUGCUGUU